AACUAUUCAAGGGUGACCUACUGUUGUCAUCGCAGCGAGAAGCACGAGGAGUGGCGACUGCCGUUGCUUGCUGCGCGGAGGUUUCGUCUCAGCUCCUUCGUUCCGUUACUGCCGUCUCUCCGUUCUCUUACAGAAGCGCCGGCCGGACACACGCAUUCCGUCUGCAGCCAUGCUUUCCGCGGCGUCCCGCACCUCCUCCCGAGGGCUCCACAAGGCCCUCGGAUCCAUCGCAGCCGUCCGCCUGCUCGCCCCCGCCGCAUCCCCCGCGUCCCCCUUCACCACCUCCGCCUCCGCGCCCGCCGCCGCCUCCACCGCCGUCGCUCACGCCGCGAAGCCCGCGAAGAAGGGGGGGCUGCUCUCGCUGCUCUUCGGGUCCGCGCCGCCUCCCGGGCCGCCCAUGUUCGAGCCGCUCCCCGGGGUCGCUAUCCCGCCGCCCCUGACGGAGUUUAAAGCCACGGAGACGGUGGUGUCCACCCUGCCGAAUGGACUCCGGAUCGCUUCCGAGAACCUUCCUGGCCCCACGGCGUCGGUUGGGCUGUACAUCGACGCGGGCAGCGUGCAUGAGACCGCGGAGAACAGCGGGGCGUCGCACCUGCUGGAGCGCAUGGCGUUCAAGAGCACCACCAACCGCACGCACUUCCGACUCAUCCGCGAGAUCGAGGCCAUUGGCGCCAACGUGAUGUCGUCGGCGUCGCGGGAGCAGAUCGCGCUGACAGCGGACGCCAUCCGCACGUACGUGCCUGAGGUGGUGGAGCUGCUGGCUGACACCGUGAGGAACUCGCUCUUCCACGACUGGGAGGUCAAGGAGCAGGUGGACAAGGUGCGCAGCGAGCUGGCUCAACUGCAAGCCACCAACCCCCAGGGGCUCAUGCUCGAGGCCCUCCACUCAGCCGGGUAUGCCGGGGCGCUCGGCCAGCCGCUGCUGGCGCAUGAAUCCUCCCUGGCGCGGCUGAACGGGCAGGUGCUGUACGAGUUCGUGGCGGCCAACUACACGGCGCCGCGCAUCGUGGUGGCGGCGGCCGGCGUGGAGCACGAGGAGCUGAGGGAGGUGGUGGAGCCGCUCUUUGGAGACAUGCCUGGGGGAACCGUGCCAGAGACGCCCAAGUCGGUGUAUGUGGGAGGAGACUGGCGCAUGGCGGCUGACUCACCGGAGACCCACGUGGCGCUCGGAUUCGAGUUCCCUGGGGGAUGGCGCAACGAGAAGGACGCGCUGGCAGUGGUGGUGCUGCAGACGCUGCUUGGCGGUGGCGGGUCCUUCUCUGCUGGCGGGCCUGGCAAGGGCAUGUACUCGCGCCUCUACACCCGUGUGCUCAACCAGUACGGCAUGGUGACGUCAUGCUCUGCUUUCAACUCCAUCUACAACAACACGGGGCUCUUUGGCAUCCAUGCUACAGCCCCGUCCGGCCAUGCGCCUGAGCUGGUUGACAUCAUGACUCGUGAAUUCCUGGCAGUUGCUGAGCCCAAUGGAGUGUCUACUGAGGAGCUAGAGCGCGCCAAGAACGCGUGCAUCUCAUCCAUCGAAAUGAACCUAGAGUCGCGGGUGGUUGUUGCGGAGGACAUCGGCCGUCAGAUCCUCACCUAUGGUCACAGGAAGCCGCCCCAUGAGUUCAUUGCAAGGCUGAGGGAGGUGACAGCAGCCGACAUUGCCAACGUGGCCAGGAAAAUCAUCUCCACUCCCCUCUCCAUGGCAUCCUAUGGUGAUGUUGUCCAUGUUCCUCGUUUCGACCAAGUCGCUGCACGCUUCAGCUGAUUGGCCUCCGCUGAUAAGCUGACCAGCUGAGGAGCAGAUGUUGUAGGCCCAUGCUGCCAUAAUCGACAAAGCUAAAGCUCUUUCUGCUUCCUGUGAUGGACUGGUAUACAUCAAUGUCCAUGUUCUGCAAAUUAGCCAAAGGCACAAAGUGAGUAGCAUGUUGGAAUAAUAAGCAGCACUUCAAAGCUCACGGAUUUAAAUGCCUUUACAGAGAGAGAGAUUGGGCCAGGUAGUAACCAUGUGCGUAGUCUGCUUGCCAUGUCCGCUUGGGAAUCAACAUCCAAGUCACCC